AAGUAGUCUUAUUAGCAAGAUUGAAAUACAAAAAUCUAAUAAUAAACCUAAACAGAGUUCUGAAAUCAGAUAUAUCCAAUAUGGGAUGGGAAUAGUAUCAGAUGAGUUGAAAAUAUUCGAAUAUUGGAUGAUACAAGAAUUAAACAAGUUGAUAAAUGACAAAUCAAUAGUAUACAUAAACUCUCUAGAAAUUAAUCCCAAAAGUUCUUCAAGUAGUAAAGAAGCAGUGAAUAAAGAAAUUAAUUCUGAUAACAUCAAGAUGGCUGUCUUAACAGUGGUUUGCAGAGAUAUUACAAAUAUCUAUCAAAAAACUAAUAAUUUUAAAAGCCAGGAUGAACCUCUUUAUUCAUCUGAAAAUACUAUCAAACAUAAUGAACCUGUCGAAAUAGAAUCACAUCAUAUGAAAGACAGAAGACAAAGAACUAUGACAGUAAUUGAAAGAGAUUUGAGAGUUGGUGCAAUGAAUAGAAAGGGAUGUGCUGAAUGUAAUAAAAAUAGUGAGAGAAGUAAGAACGAUUAUCUUAAAGGAAUUAAACAAGAGAAUAUUGAUGAUAUUAGCAAUAGUGUCUAUGUAAAGACCAAAAUCCGACUUAGAUCAAAUUUACAAACAGUCAAUCCAGUUUGA